AUGCGUCGAAAUUCAGCGAUAACUGCCUGCUUGACAGGUCCCGGUUCGGUGGACUAUAGUAUAUUUCAGCGUACCACAAAUGAUGCGUCAAUUAAUUUACAAUUCAGCGAAUUAACAUAUGAAACUGAAAAUUCCAAAAAAAUUGUUAAUGGUGUUAGUGGUAUAUUUCGUUCCAAUGAAUUGACAGCCAUUAUUGGUCCUUCGGGAUGUGGAAAAACAACAUUAUUAAAUCUAUUGUCAGGUUAUCGAAUCCGCAAAACAUCCGGUGAAAUUCUAGUCAAUGGCGAACCACAAAAUAUGAAACAAUUUCGCAAAGUAUCACGCUAUGUCCUACAAGAUGAUCACAUUAGUCCCUACUUCAGUCUCAUGGAGACAAUGAUGUUUGCCAGCGAACUGAAAUUGGAUACGAAAUUUACAAUGGAACAACGGCAAAAAGUUAUCUAUGAAAUUUUAGAUAUUUUACAUUUGCGAUCACAGGUCAAUACGAUGAUUGCAAAUUUAUCGGGUGGACAGCGGAAACGUUUGUGUAUUGCCUUGGAGCUAAUUGAUAAUCCGUCAGUAUUAUUUUUAGAUGAACCAACGACUGGCCUAGAUGAAUUCUCCGCCUCGCAAUGUAUACGACUUUUGAAGAAGUUGGCCAAAUGUGGCCGAACCAUAAUUUGUUCGCUGCAUUGUCCCUCGGCCACACUGUUUCAGAUGUUCGACAAAGUCUAUGCCAUGUCGGGUGGUCAGUGUAUAUAUCAGGGUGCGGUUAACGAUAUUGUGCCAUAUUUACAGCAGUUCGAUUUAAAUUGUCCCCAGACAUAUAAUCCCACAGAUUUUAUUAUCGAAGUGGCAACAAAAAUCUAUGGUGAUUACAACAAAGAAUUGGUGGCAACAAUUGAAAAUGGCAAAAUUGCCAAAUGGAUACCCACGUCCCCCAAUAAGUUAGACAAUUUUGAAAUGUUGCAUUCCAAAUCAUUGGAAUCCAAACCCUAUUUGGAUAAUUUAAGCGAAGAGGCAAAGAAAAAUACGGCGACUCCUUUCCGCAAUUCAUGGUGGUGUGAAUUUAAAAUUUUAUUUUUCCAUAUUUUAAAUCAAAUGUGGCGUGAUAAGUCAAAUUGUAAAAUGAGAAUUGUUAUACAUAUCCUGUCAUCGCUUCUAAUUGGUUUCACUUAUACGAAGGUCACAAGCAAUGCUAGCGUUAGCAUUUUUACCUAUCAUCUGUCGAUGAUAAUUAUUAUUAAAUACUUUUUCUUGCCGAUGACACCGCUGCUGGCAUGUGUGCCACGUGAUAUGAUGUAUUUGCGGCGAGAAUACUUUAAUCAAUGGUAUCGUUUAAGUUCAUACUUUAUGGCCCUGAUAUGUGCCCAACUGCCUAUGCUGAGUUCGAUGGCAGUGCUUGGUUCAGCAAUAAUCUAUGUCUCAAGUGGUCAACCGAUGGAAUUAUAUCGUUUUAUGUUCUUUGUUGGCAUUUCAUUUUUAAUAUCCCUGAUGGCAUCGAGUUUUGGUUUGCUAUUCGGUUCCAGAUUUAAUGUGGUGCACGCUCUCUAUUUGGCCCCCUAUGUCAUGGUACUGAUGGUUGUAAUAGCAUCCUAUACUGCCGAACGUAAUGAUCUCUCGAUAUGGGAACAACUAAUGGUCUAUAGUAGUUUCCUCAAAUAUGCCUUGGAUGGUUAUCUAUAUGCGCUGUUAGAUUUUAAUCGUAAGGAUUUCCCUUGCCCACCGUCCGAAUUGUUUUGCAUAACCUCAAAACCUAAAUAUAUUCUUAAAUUAGCCGGUAGUUUAAGACCAAGUUAUAUAUUCUCUGUUCUAGGAAAUGUAAGCUCGGCGUCUUUGCUCUAUCAACAAUGGAUGGAGUGUAGCUUCAUACGUCGCCCGAAGCAAAAUAACUUGGCACAAUCCUGGACUGUCAACUACGAUGGAAUAGGAACUGGCGAAGAGAGGACAGAUUGCACUCUAUGCAUACAAGAACUCCAGCGAGAAAAGCUGGGGGCUAAAACCAUCGACUAUACACUGGUUCACUGCUUGCGCCACAAUUCGACAUCCACCAAACUAGACAAGGUACAAAGAGCCGCCUCGAUUCUAAUAACUGGAGCCGCGAGAAGCACCCCACAAGUCGUUAUCCCUAGUAGAGACGACUGGAACCGUAGUAACCCUCCUUUGGACGGUUUGGCUUUCUUUACAGACGGACCCAAGAUAAAAGAAGGUACAGGGGCCGGCGUCUACUGUGAAAGGCUAGACCUUGAGCUCACCUACAAGCUGGAUAGCAACUGUAGUGCUUUCCAAGCUUAA